UGAAGGUUGCGUAGUUGAUUACACUUAUAAAACAAAGAAGAAAGCGAUCCGUGAGAGAACCUGGGUUCAAUGUACCCGAAAAAACAACAAAGUGAGAACAUAGGGCCCCAUGUCGCUUGGGCUACAACUUGCCAAAAAGCAGACUUAGAGAGGUGCGGUGGGGGUUCCAUCUUGAUGAUGAGGGCUAGCGAGGUUUGCGUUGUGGGAGCUUCCGGCUAUCUUGGUUCCUGGCUUGUGAAGAAGCUUCUCGAGAAAGGCCAUGCCGUUCAUGCUACCUUGAGGAACUCAGGAGAUGAAUCCAAGACGAGGCUUCUGAAGAGCCUCCCGGGGGCGGACACCCGGCUGCUUCUCUUCGAAGCCGAUCUCUUCGAGCCCCACUCGUUCGAGGCGCCCAUCCAAGGGUGUCAGUUCGUCUUCCUCCUUGCCGCGCCUGCGCCACUCAACGCCAACUUCUCUCAGCAAGAUAUUGUCAAAGCCACAUUAGCUGCAGUCCCGAACAUCUUGCGGUUGUGCGAAUUAUCCGGGACGGUGAAGCGAAUCAUCUUCACCGGUUCUGUCACAGCUGCAUCGCCAUUGAAGGAAGACGGCACCGGUUAUGAAGAUUUCAUCGACGAAACUUGUUGGACACCUCUCAAUCUCUCAUUUGCUCUCUUUGAAGAUGCUGUGAAGUCUUACACAUGUCUGAAGACGCUCUCGGAGAAAGAACUGUUGAGCUACAACGGCAGAGAAGGGAAGGGAGAAUUAGAGGUGGUCAGCCUAACUUGUGGCCUGGUUGGAGGAGAUACAAUUCUUCCCUAUGUACCAUUGAGUGUACGAGACAUUGUGUCCCCACUCACCGGAGACAAGGUGACUCAAGGACAUCUCAAGUUCCUACAGGCGUUGCUGGGCUCAGUGCCUUUGGUGCACAUCGAAGAUGUUUGUGAAGCCCAUGCUUUCUGCAUGGAGAAACCUUCGAUGACCGGCAGGUUUCUCUUGGCAUGCGCAUACCCAUCGAUGCAAGAAAUUGUGGACUACUACGCCACGAAGUACCCUGAGCUUGAAGUGCUUAAGGAAGUGGAGGGGGAAGGACAAAGCAUCCAGAGCAGGGCAAGAAAGCUGGUCGACAUGGGCUUCAAGUAUGGGUUUGGUGUGGAGCAGAUAUUAGAUGACAGUGUUCGAUGUGCCAAGAGGCUCGGGGAACCGAACCUGGUAGUCUAGCUGAUGAUGAUGGUUAACUGCAGAGGUUUAUGAAUUUUUAGAAUUUGGUAAUCCUGCACUGCAGUAAAUGUUAAAUGAAAUAAAGAUGUAUCCGCUUGUUGCGCACCAUUGCUAUUUUUUGUUUUUGUUUUUCCUCAAAGCUAUAAAAUCCUACAUGCGUGGAGAUUCUUGCUGGUA